CUUGUAGCGGCCAAAAGCACGUUAGUCUGGCGCGAGCCGCAACUGAAACAACAGUAGUGAUCCAGUUUCAGUUUUCAGUGUUGUGAUCGUUUGAAUGGAUUAUUUUUAAAUAAGGGCGCACCGUCUCGUCCGCGAUGCUGGGAUGAAUUCGCCGCUCCCGCAGAGUCCCCGGACCCGCAGGCCAUCCGGGGGUCGUCGUCCCCCGACACACCUCCACUCGGACUGUCCCCCGGAACCAGAGGACUGCGACUCGCCCGGUCUGGGACAAAGAUCGGUCUCUCUGACGACUCUCCAGCCAGCUAUCAUCCAGCCCAGAAUGGCUCAACUGGAGACACUCGAAGCCAAGAUGGCCAGUAUCGAGGUGUCCCUCUCGAGCACACCCAGACGCAAAAAGAACAUCACUGGGAUUAACGCCUCGAUCAGAUCUAUCCCCAAAGAAAUCGCAGCGAAGGAGUUAGAGACUUUGAGAAAUGCCUUGCGAGACAAGGAAAAUAUUAUACAAAGUUUGAAAGGACAACUGACAAUCCCAGGAUUGAGGUUGUCACAAAUGAGGAACCCCGCGAACAGCAAUCGAGAUUUGACAGAAAUCGAGAAAAAACAAGCCGAAGAGAGACUCAACCGACUCAAAACAGACGUCGAUAACAAGAGAUUGGCCAUUAAGAACCUCAAAAUGGCGCUGGAACGGCUGGAUAUCACCGAUAACAUCGACGUGCGGAUCCAGCAGGCCGAGCUGGAGUACCAGUUAGGCCGCGAAGAGCUCAAUUUGUUAACACUGCUCGAGGAAACGCGCGCUCUCCAAUUAUGUCUCGAUGAGUCGAAUAAAAACUCGUCGGAAUCUCAUACCCUGUACAGUUGUGUUAACGGAAGCGUCCACGUGAUUCUUCUAGGUGUCGAGGUCGAGUACGACCCAAAAAGCCCCAAAUUCGGGGCCAGUCAGAAGGAGGCAGUACCGGGCUUGUGGAUAGAUUGGGCACUUGAAGAAACGGGACUGUGUAAAGGUGACAGAUUGGUCGAAGUCAACGGGAAAAUCGUCUUGACGAAGAAUCGCGAUGAUCUCAGUAGACUGCUUGCGGCAGCACCGGACCCAGCCCAAAUCGUCAUUUUGCGGAAAUUGGCCCAAAACGGUACCACCCCCAGCGUGGGCACCACCAGCAAGGAAGUGGCCUCGCUGCGGUGCGAACUGGAGGCGGUGCGAGAACGAGCCGAUGAGGCACAGAAAACAAAAGAAAACCUCAUCUCGGAUAACAUCAGACUCACACAUCGAAUCUCCUAUUUGGAAGAACAAGUUUCUGAGCUUCUUUGUCGGAAAAAAUCCGACUCCGAUGUCCGGAUUCUCGCAAAAACUCCGGUGAUUUCGACGGUGAAAACCAACCAAAACGUCACAAAUAUCAACAUAACGACUCAACCAACUUCGAAAGAGCUUCAGGUGUUUCAAAAGGGUCAAGUGACGGCACUUGUGGCUAAUAUUCCGGGCCUGGAAACGUCGAAAGACACUCAUUCUGCGCUUCCGGUGCGGUCGAAAAGCAGUCUUUCGAAUGUUUCAAACACCCAUAUUCCGGCCCCAGAAUCGGACCACCACUGUCAUAAAACCCAUCGGCAUAAACACCGGUCGCGACAUGGGCUUCAGACGUCGGCGAGCACCCAGAAUUUGGACCAGAAUGAUAAGAUAACCUACCGGAAACACAACCACCACCACCAUCACCGAGAGAAGGAUUACAGUUCGGAGACGAAUUCAGCGAUUGAGCACGUGACCCGAUACAAUAAACGGAAUAGUGAGAAUGGUUACAAGUACUCGAAUUCGAACUCGGAGAAGGACUUCGGGUCGGAUAUCAUGGACCAGAGUUACAAAAAAGCGACGAAAAUCGUCCACGAGUUAACCCGAGACAGUCUCUAUGAGAAACACCGCCAGAAAUGCCUCACCGCUUCCGAAAAAUACAACUCGGACAUCCUCAAACAUUACAAUGCCCGGAAGUCGACUUCGGUUCUCGAUUUCCGUUCCGAAAUCCACAUCGGGCCCAAAUACCCCGACUCGAAGAGCGUCGAAGACUUGGACGAGAAAAAAGUCCACAAGAAAAUCCAAGAUGCUCGCAGUGUCAAAUCCCUGGAUUUUGACAGUGAUUGCACGAGUCACAAAUCCAAAUCGAUUGAUUAUACGUCGGAACCGAUCGAGAACCGGAAAUUGUCGGGAUAUUCCGGGUAUUAUGAGGUGAAACCGCGGCCAACGCCGCCGAAGAAACCCUUGAGAUUGUCGUUGCAUAAAACGCAGAGUCUGCAAUCGGUGGAAACGCCUACGCCGGGGAGUUCCCCCGGGAAGGGUGAGUCCCGGAAGAGGAAUUACAAGGGGGAGAUUGGGAUGCAGAAUGGGUGUCAGGAGGUGAAGUGGGCGAGUUUUGGACACAAGCUGGAGAAUGGGGUGGAGAGUGGGAGUUGGUGUUAGUGUAAAUGAUUGACGAUUUUAUAAUAGAUGUUUAAGAAAAACAAGUUUUUAUUUUAUCAAAGCAACAAGUAGUUAUUUAAGUUUUUAUUUAUUGUAAAUUGCCAAAAUAAAACUGACAGAAAUCUA